CGCUUCCAUUUUCAAGGUGUCGAACUUAGUCGUCGAUAUCUUAGGACACCGCGCCUGAUAAAUUACGGUGGCAUUCAUGUACCACAUGUAUUAUGGGCAUUGAACGUUGACCCAGAGUAAACAUCGAACUCAAAAAGAUUUCAACGGUAUAGAUUUGGCCCCGAGGUACCGAAGAUUUGGCAGGCGUGUGGAAUGGAGUAGGUUACUCAAAACACUGCCGUCAACACUAGGAGACGUGUACAAGGAUUCGGAACGGCAGAUGUCCCGAUGCCACAAUAACCUUCGUGGAAGAAAGAUACCAAUAGGCAUUGGGAAUUUUGAAACGCGUGAAUCACUGGGUCGUAUUCAGGCUGCAGAAGCUGAAGGGGCGUGGGAGAUGACGGGAAAGAGAAACGUGAAGGUUCGAGCACACCGUAGAUAUCGCCUUUUAAAAGUUCCGUCGAGUCUGGUGUUGAUCGCUGCACAUAUACGUCGUCGUCGAGACCGACGUACAAAUUUAAAUAUGUUGAACGCUGAACGUCGUUUCAUGAUGUCCAAGUCUCUAACAGCACUAACAAGUACAAAUAACGCAUCUCCAGUUUCCUCAUUCACGUACCGCCAACAGCGACGUCUCUUUCCAGUACUCAGCCAUACAAAUGCACUGGAGCCCAUUAUCAUGAGCUACGGAGCUCCUCAACCUUUUCCUCCUCUCGCUGAUGUUCUCAAUACUAUCUCAAUAGAUUUUCAUGCUGAGUUUCUGAACUGGAUGAGAGGAUGCGCCGUGCAGAAUGAUAGGCAGGUCAGUCUCACCGGCAUGGAGGCUGUGAUAACGCAGCUGUUGGAUACUAUUCCCCCCUGUGGGUCUGUGUCGACUGCAGAAGCCGCCCGGAAAAUGGCACCAGUUCCUAGUGUUUUGGAGUCGAUCGGAGAGGUGUUGAGUAUCGAUAAUUGGAGGGAACCCUCGUUCGUAUGGACCGUGGUGUCAGGACUGCUUCGCCUCAUGGCUGUGAUGGAGUCAUGGAAGAAGGAAUCAGAAGAGGCUGCUUCUCUGCAGGCAAAGGCCUUUGACCGCAUUGUGGAUAUCUUGCGGAAUCUCGGGGGGACCUUUGUGAAGGGCGUUCCACAGAAUGCACAGCGUACCCAGUUAAGAGAGAUGUUUGAAGAGUGCCUACAUGCCAUACACGAAUUAAUGGAGACUCAAACGCUGUCAUAUCCUAUCCACGUUCGAAUAUUGCAAAAGCCCAGACUCCUGAAACCUGGAGACUUGGCGGCCAAUAACAAAAAGAGUACAUGUUGUUUGCAAUCCUCCUCUGAUGCCCUCUGCUUUAUGGUCACAUUGCUUGAGAUUUGGACUUCUUUUAUGUUGCGAUCAACACAGCUACAAUGGUUUCUCCAUGAUUUCGGACAACGACUUGCUCAGGAAACACGGUCUUGUUUUGAUUACUGCAUGUCUGCAGUUUGCAAUCUCGAGCCUGUAGUGCGCUCUGAAGGACUUGUCAGAAUCAUGUCCUUGAUACCUUCCUUGCGCUCACUUUCAGAGAACGAAUUAUAUCAUUGGCAUUACAUUCUUCUCCGCUUCCGACUAUUUCAAGGACCUAAUUCAGGCUGGGAACAUAUUGAUCGGUAUCUUGCAAAGGAAUUGGCGUCGAGCUCUUUCGUUGCGCCAUCCAAGUCGGACUUCCGCGAGAUCGUCAGGCUAUUGGCAUCGGGUCGAUGGCCUAAGUCUGUAGAGGUAUAUCAUUUCGUUGGGCGAUUGAGGAUCUAUCCAACUAUCUUCAUAGGAAUGGGCAUUUUCCCUCUUCAAUUCGUGUUUGCCUCAUAUAGAGCGAAACAUUCUGCGUUCCUUACAAACUGCCAUCGACUUCGGGAGCGAGCGCAAUGAAAUCGCUCAACGGAUGCUUGAAGCUCUGCCUACAGUAGCUACGGUUAUUCCCAAUGAGUCACAUAACGAAGAGCCCUGGAAAAAGCUUUUGCGGACAGCUACUGAAAAGAUCAUAUUACCAGAAGCUCUUGACUGGAUGGAUGAUGAUGUCAAUCUGAGCGAUCGGCGGUAUAUGCAGCGAGCCAUCGACGAUAUUGU